CGACAUAUCGAAAAGUUAACAGUUGACACUUUUAAGGAAAUGAAAGCAGUUGUAAAUAUUUAGUUUUCCAAACGUCCAAUAAUUACUACAUUAAUGAUCUGAUUUUGCAACAAUCGCGAUCCAUCGAAGAAUACCAUCGAUUUCGACCCUCACUCGCAGGAAAUGAGUCCUUCACAGAAACGUAAUAUUUUUAGCGGCCCGCGAAUGGGAAUCUCUCAAACGAACGGCAACAGUCGCAGGCCUCCACACCCGAACGUUUCGAGAGCGGGCUCCAACGAAAGGGUGGCACACGCUCAGCACGACGAUUUGAUCAAAUACAUUCACGAGUCUUGGAGCAAAGUGGAGAUGGACCGAAACCCGAAUUCCGUGAUGUACUACCAGGACGAGACCGCGCAACACCUGAAAGAUUUCCAACCGUUUGAUUUGGAGAGCUACUGGGGAAGGCGAAAGCACCAGACGAUGAACAGCGUGAAGCCUCAUCAUUCAUAGCAUUUUUAUAGUAUAUUAUUAUUAUUGUGUCGGUGUUAUCUUAUUCAUGUAAUUAUAUGAUACGUACCGGGAUAGGUGAAACGAGAAGGUAUGACCAACAUUUUUAA